AUGGUGUCCCGACUCUUUCGCAAGCGGCACGAGGCCGAGGAAAUCACGCCCAUUCCCGCCUACGCCGCCGACCUCGACGUCGCCGGCAUGGAGCAGCUCAAGCACCUCCACGAGUUUGAAAAGAUGCACAAGUUUGACCCCAACUUCCCCAUCGAUGAGCUCAACGACCUCGACGCCGCCAUAGCCACCUGCAACGCCGAAAAAGGCAUCGAGAUUGAGCACGCCCUCAUGGAGGACAACAGCCCCUACCCCGAGGUCCGCGCCGUUGUCCGCAACUACGACGUUGACGUCCCGGCCAACACCGUCCGCGCCUGGGUCAUCGGCCUCGUCCUCUGCACCAUCGGCUCCGGCAUCAACAUGCUCUUCUCCCUCCGCGAUCCCACCAUCACCAUCAACACCUAUGUUAUCCAGCUCAUCGCCUACCCCAUCGGUCUCGGCUGGGACCUCAUCAUGCCCGAUCGUGUCUGGAAUCUUUUCGGCCUCAAGUUCAACCUGCGUCCCGGCAAGUUCAACUUCAAGGAGCACGUCGUCAUUGUCGCCAUGUCCAAUGCUUCAUACGCUGGCGGCGUCCUGUACGCUACAGACGUUCUCUUGACCCAGCGCAUCUUUUACAAGCAGACUUUUAGCUGGGCCUUUCAGAUGCUGUUUGGCAUCACCACCCUCUGCACCGGCUACGGCCUCGCUGGCCUUGCCCGCCGCUUUCUCGUAUGGCCCGCCGCCAUGAUUUGGCCUGCUGAUCUUGUCAACUGUGCUCUCUUUUACAGCCUGCACGACCACUCCCCCUCUGACCCUGCAAAGACAAACGGCUGGUCCAUCGGCCGCUACCGCCUCUUCCUCAUCAUUGGCGCCUCGGCUUUUGUCUGGUACUGGUUCCCGGGCUGGCUCUUCCAGGGACUCUCCUAUUUUACCUGGAUCUGCUGGAUUGCCCCCAACAAUGUCGUCGUCAACAAGCUUUUUGGCCCUAUUCACGGUUAUGGUCUCAUGCCCAUCACCUUUGACUGGACCGUCGUCAGCGGCUACGUCGGUUCCCCUCUCAUCCCACCCUUCCACGCCAUCUUCAACGUCAUCCUCGGCGUCUUGGCCAUCUUCAUUUUCCUCUCCUGCGGUAUUCACUUUAGCGGCACCUGGUUUUCCGACUUCCUCCCUGUCCAGGCCGGCGACUCCUUUGACAACAUGGGCAAAGUCUACAACGUCUCGCGCAUUCUCGAUGCCAACUUCAACUUCAACGAGACCGCCUAUCACCAAUACUCCCCACUCUUCCUUCCCACCCAGUUCGCCCUUGCCUACGGCACCUCGUUCGCCGCCGUCUCCGCCGUCCUGAUCCAUGUUGCUCUUUAUCAUGGCCGCGAGAUUUGGGACCAAUUCAAGAUGGCCCGUCAUCAGGAAGACGACGUCCACAUGCGUCUCAUGAAAAAGUACCGCGACGCCGAAGACUGGUGGUAUGCCGCCCUCUUUGUUGUCAUGAUAGCCAUCUCCUUUGGUGUUGUCGCUGGUUGGGACACCGGCUUCCCCGCCUGGGCAUUUGUCGUGUGCAUGCUGCUGCCCAUCGUCUGGCUCAUCCCCAUCGGUCUCGUCCAGGCCAUCACUAACAUGCAGCUUGGCCUCAACGUCUUGACAGAAUUCAUCAUUGGCUACAUGGUCCCGGGACGCCCCCUCGCCAUGAUGAUGUUUAAGAAUUACGGCUACAUCUCCAUGUCGCAGGCUCUGUACUUUGCCCAGGAUCUCAAGCUUGGCCACUAUAUGAAGGUCCCUCCCCGUGUCAUGUUUGCCUCGCAGCUCGUUGCCUCCAUCUGGUCCGCCAUUGUCCAGAUUCUGCUUAUGAAUUGGGCGCUCGACAACAUUCCCGAUGUCUGCUCUCCCGACCAGAAAGACAGGUUUACCUGCCCUGGCGGCCGCGUCUUCUACACGGCCUCUGUUGUCUGGGGUGCCAUUGGUCCUGCCCGCAUCUUCAGCGGUGGCGCCAUCUACUCAUCUCUCCAGUGGUUCUGGCUGAUCGGCGCCGUGACGCCAAUCCUCACCUGGCUGUUGGCCCGCCGCUGGCCCAAGUCCUUCCUGCGGUACAUUAACACCCCGCUCAUCUUUGGUGGUGCGGGCCAGAUCCCCCCGGCCACCGUCUACAUCUACCUCUGCUGGGGUAUCGUCGGCGCCAUCUUCAGCUUUUUCAUCAGGCGUCGCUACACCGGCUGGUGGCUCCAGUACAACUACAUCACCUCAGCAGCCCUUGACUGUGGCCUCAUCGUCUGCACCCUCGUCAUCUUUUUCACGCUCUACUUGACCAAGACAGUGGCACCGCAGUGGUGGGGCAACACCGAAGCCUUGCAGACGCUUGAUCAUCACGGCAAAGCGAUUACUAUGCAUCCGGCGCCUGGCCAAAUAUUCGGGCCUAGCGAUUGGCGCUGA